AAGGAUUCGCCAUUAUUUAUUCCCAUCAAUUAUCUUCUCCUUCUCCUCAGCUUGAUCAAGUCCAUAGGAGUAGAUCGUUUCCUAUUACAUGAGCGCCGCCGCUACCAUUCCCAGCCUAGCUAUUGCAUGUAUUAGCUCGGUGAUGCAACAGCAAGCCAGCAGCUACCUGAGCUGAUUUGGUAUACAUAUAUAUAUACACAACUGGAUGGAGAAAGACCCGCCGUCGUGGUUCCAUGCGCAGACGGCGCCGACGGCGCGCGUGGACGGCAAGACGGUGCGGCUGUUCCAGUGCCUCUUCUGCGACAAGACGUUCCUCAAAUCGCAGGCGCUGGGCGGCCACCAGAACGCGCACCGCAAGGACCGCGUCGGCGGCUUCAGCGACCCAUACGGCGAUGGCUUAUUCGGAGGCGCCACCCGGUCCACCCGGGCGCCGUGGGAUUCUGCCUCCGGCCGGUCUAUGUGUGCUAACAUCGCUUCCCACCGGAGUGGCGCGCCGGCGUCGACACAAGCGGCCGAUGCCUGCAUGUUGGAGAGGUGGGGCGGCAGGGCUCCACGCAUGGCGGAGCGCGCAAUGCUCCUGGGGUCAUCGGAAGGUCGAGAUGGCGUGGUAAGGGCCUCCGAGGACAGCGACGCCGGCGAGACUAUGGACCUGGAGCUGCACCUCUGGCAAGCGUCGCCUACCUGCUAGUGCCAUCGUGCAAAGGAGGUAUCGUCGAUCAAUUAAUCAAACACUGAGUGUGUCGGCGCGACAGAGGGUUGAUACCGCCGCCAUGUCGGCUACACUGAGUACAUUUGUGUGUCCUUGCGACAUACUACUCCUGCCUAGAACUCGCGUGAUUAGUUAUUAAUUGAUAAUACGCGAAGGGAAACCAGCCAUCCAUUGUACUACUACUACACUCGUACGGCAUGUUAAACCAGCUCGAUCGUAAUAAUAUUAUUACGAGUAUCAUGUACGUACUACAUGAAUGUUA